UAGUAUAUAGAUUAUUGAGAAGAAUAGUUUUGUCAAAAAAAACGAUCCGGCCUAGAAGUGUGGGCGUGGGUGUGGUGCGCCUCUGACUAGAAGAGAUACACCGACACCCACACCCACACCCCACGCCCUAGAGAGAGACCUCGCAGUGUGGGUGUUCAGUGUGCGUGCCAACGGGAAUCAAGCGCAUGCGCAACCCGCAGCUUAGAUCUCUCUUACAAAGCUAUAGACCCGCACCCGCACCCACACCCUCACACCCAGAUGCAGACCCAGACCAACCCGGACCCACACUCCACAGCCAAUAUGAAAAUUUCCAACAAAAUAAUUGCUUGUGUGAAUUGUGACAAUUUUUCGUGCAAUUACGGUAGUGCGUCUAACACGAUAGAGGAAGAUUUUCAUGCUUGAACAGGUUGCACAUUCUGUUUCGUGGCAAUUUCCAACUAUUCUCCUUCAUACCUCAGUGGUCGGCUCCGGGGCCAGGCAACGAAAAAACAACGUCAUAUAUUUUUUUAUUCAUGACAAUCGCUCGGAAGUGACACAAUGUCAUGCCUGAGUGGACUCUUCUCUUCGAUUAUAUAUAUAAUAGAAGCGCAAGUUAGCUAAAGCGUUUUAUUGGUGAAAAAUACAGUACCGCAUAUCGUCUACGUGUUUUAACAGGCAACUGCUUUUAAACGAACAGACAAGUGACGUGACCGCCAACAAAAUGAGUUCGCGACCUAAUCAGAUUAUUUAUGACAGUGGCAGUAGUAAUUCCAGUGGUUCUAGUUCUAGUGGUUCUAGUUCUGGUGAUUCUGGUAGUUCGGUUAUUUAUGAUAAUAGUGGUAGCUCUUCUUGUGGUAGUAGUGGUGGUGGCGGUGGUGGUUGUGGUGGCGGUGGUGGUUGCGGUGGCUCUUAA